CACGCGCAGCUCGCAGUGAACGUUUAUGGGAAGAAACCGAGACAGUUUGGAAACAACAGGAGACAUUAAACCGAAUGGAGAGCAUCGACAGACCGUAGUUUGAGUUGUUCAGUCAGGAGAUUCAGCUUGGUCGACUGUUGAUCGUCGGGGUGUUUCCCUUGACCCCCCCCCCCUUCAUUUUGACUACUUUUUCGCAGAGAGCUAAAAUGGGAGGUGCAGUCAGUGCUGGGGACGACAAUGACGAGUUGAUUGACAACCUUAAAGAGGCCCAAUACAUUCGCUCUGAUCUGGUUGAACAUGCCUUUAGGGCCAUUGAUCGUGCUGACUACUAUCUAGAGGAAUUCCGUGACAGUGCAUACAAGGACCUGGCCUGGAGACAUGGCAACAUCCAUCUCUCUGCACCCUGCAUCUACUCUGAGGUGAUGGAGGCCCUAGACCUGCAGCCUGGCCUGUCCUUCCUCAACCUGGGCAGUGGCACAGGCUAUCUUAGCACAAUGGUGGGACUUAUAUUGGGGCCAUUUGGUGUUAAUCAUGGUGUUGAAUUACAUGAAGAUGUUAUAGAGUAUGCUUACCAGAAGCUGGACUUCUUCAUUAAGACAAGUGAUAGUUUUGACAGGUUUGAAUUCUGUGAGCCCUGCUUUGUGGUGGGAAACUGUCUGGAAAUUGCCCCGGAAAUUAGGCAGUAUGACAGGGUUUACUGUGGCGCUGGAGUCCAGAAGGAACAUGAAGAAUAUAUGAAGAAGUUGUUGAAAGUUGGGGGUAUCUUAGUACUGCCACUGGAAGAAAAGCUCACUAAAAUUACUCGGACAGGAUACAACACAUGGGAGACGAGAAAGAUAAUCGCUGUGUCCUUCGCACCACUUGUGCUCCCUAAACACAGGGAAAAUGGCAACCCUAGAGCAGUGUCCCUACCUGUCAUAUUUGAGGUGCGGAGUCUCCAGGAUUUGGCACGUAUCACCAUUCGUCACAGUCUAAAGAAAGCUGGGUCUGGAUCCUUGGCCCUACUCAUGAGAACUGCAUUCAAGCAGAGAAAUCACUUGAAGCAAAAAUGGGAGCACCACGAUUCCGCUCUACUUACCAAUAGUUAUUUAUUCAUGAGCCGCAUGAUCGCUGGACCCAUGGAUAACAACAACAACCAGUCAUCGACAGACAAUGAGGAUGAAGAUGAAGACUGCAGGAGGGUUUGUGAACAAGGGGAGGAGAAAGAGGAUGGGAGGAGAAAAGAGGGCAGUGUUUUGGUGAUAGAGACUCCAGUAAACCUUUUGAGGGAGAGGAUACUCAGUCUGCCUUUGCCAGAGCCUCUCAAGAUUUAUGUUCUUUACUACAGAGAGAAGUAGACCCCACUUACCACAUAGUCUUAAGUUACAACUACUCACAGGUACCUUACACUGUCACUAUCAACCACUGUCAAGAAUCCAUGGCUGUUUAGUCACCUAUUUUAUUUAAAAAAAAAUCAAGUCAUCAUUUCUUAUUGCCAGCUUCUCUUAAAGGGAUAGUUUAUACAAAAAUUAAAAUUAUGUCAUAAUCUACUUGCCCUCAUGUUAUUUAUAACUAAAAAUGUCUCACGUGGGACACAAAAUUAGAUGUUUCAAGGAAUAUCGCAGACCAUCUUCUCAAUACAGUGGCAGUGGAUAGUGCCUCACUAAAGCUUAAAAAAUAAAAAAUAAUUUUUUUUUUUUCACCAAAUCAAAUAAUAUAAGUUCAUUAUCGGAUCAGCUCUGGCAUCGUAUUCUAAGUCUUCUGAAGGCAAUAGGUUUUGGUGAGAAACAACCCAAAAAAUAAAGAAGAAGAAAAAAAGAAAGAUAGUCAGACAGGUUUGGAAUGACAUGAGGGUGAUUUAACUAUAAGAGAAUUAAUAUUUUUGGGUGAAAUAUCUCUUUAAUUAAUAUGAAGUUUCAAGGUAACAACCACAC